GGUCUGCCCGCAGCUGGAAAAUCGACCUUCGCGCGGGCUCUCAGUCACCAACUACAGCAGGAGCGGAGCUGGGCCGUCGGCGUCGUCGCCUAUGAUGACAUCAUGCCGGACGCGUUCCUUGAGGAGGCGAGCGCACGGCCAUUGCCAACCCAAUGGAAAUUGCUUCGACAGGAGCUGUUGAAGUACAUAGAAUACUUCUUGCUGGCUGUCAUUAACGGGUGUCAGAUGGCUGCCCCACCCAAUAGGACUGAAGCCAUGUGGGAAGAUUUUAUAACCUGCUUAAAGGAUCAAGAUCUCAUAUCUUCUGCAGCGCAUGAGGCCCAGUCUUGCUACCUCUUAACGAAGACUGCUGUUUCUAGACCUUUGUUUUUGAUUUUAGACGACAACUUCUAUUAUCAAAGUAUGAGAUAUGAAGUCUACCAACUGGCUCGGAAAUAUUCAUUAGGCUUUUGCCAGCUCUUUUUAGAUUGUUCUCUCGAGACCUGUUUACAGAGGAAUGGCCAGAGACCACGGGCACUGCCUGCUGAGACCAUCCACCUGAUGGGAAGAAAGAUAGAAGAGCCCAACCCUGAGAAAAAUGCUUGGGAACACAACAGCCUCACAAUUCAGAGUCCAGCGUGUCCUUCUGAGGCCAGCCCGAAGUUAACUGAUUUCUUGCUUACUGCUCUGGAAAAUCCAGUGAAAUACGUUGAGGACAAUGUGGAACAAAAGGAAACAGACAGAAUUAUUUGUUCAAUGAGCAUUCUUCAUCAAGCCGAUCAGACCCUCCGAAGAAUUGUCUCUCAGACAAUGAAGGAAGCGAAAGAUGAACAAGUGCUUCCUUACAACUUGAAGCUUCUAGCAGAAGAACUUAACAAGCUCAAAGCAGAGUUUUUGGAAGACCUAAGACAAGGAAACAAAAAGUAUCUGUGCUUUCAACAAACCACUGGCAUUUCAGAUGUUAUUUCUUCUUUUCAUUAUGAGAAAGAUAAUAUUGUACAGAAGUAUUUUUCAAAGCAGCAUUAAAACUUCUGAACUUCCAAUCAAAUAUCUCAUACUGGUUAAGAUUUUGUCAACUAAUUACAGCAAUUUUGUAUUACUGGAUGUUUUCUAGACCAAUGAUGUAAAUUGCCACUUAUAUUUUAUAAAAAUCAGUCAUUCUAAAAGACCUAUUUGUCAUAGCAGAAGUUACUUCUUCAGUCAGUCACUUGUAAGAUGUGACAGGAAUAAUGAAACAUCAGAGGCGGCCUUCAUCAUUUCUGGCCAGAACUCCUAGGGUAGGGCUGGGGAGGGGCAGGAGUCACACAAGUGAAGAAACUAGAAGGGAGACAAAACGCGCAUGUCUGGAGCUGUUGUUUUUAACUCAGGUGACAGAUAUUCUCAUGGGUAAGGCAUUCUACAGAUUCAAACUAAUGUAGCCACAAAACUUUUUUUUUAAAGUAUUUUACAUAUUGGAAAAUAACUAACAAACUAAUUGGAUCCUGGUUUUCAAAAAGAAAAAUCGAGAUCAUUAGAAAGUGUUAUUUUUUAUUCAUAUAUUACAAAAGCAAAGCUUCUUUCACAAUAUGGACUCCAUUACUAGGUGUGGUUAUUUCAGCAUUAAACUGCUUUCUGGAAUCCCUAAACAAUAUAUAGUGUUUUGCAAUGAUGCUUAAGUUUUAUGUUUUGCAUACAAAAUAUGUUCUUUACAACAAAGUAUAUAUUAACAAAAACAAGUUCUAGAAAUCACAUACCCUCUAAGACUAUUUAAUGAAAAAGUUUUUAGGAGAUUUUAAGAAAAUAAUACAUCCAUUUGAUAAAUAUUUUUGUAGAACUUAAAAUGAGAUUUAUCUUUGAACAUUUUUUUUGUAAUAUUCCCUUUGUCAAACAAUUUUGCAGAUGAAUAGCAAACACUUAUUUCUAAAAUGAAAUAGUGCUGGGAAAUAUCCAAUGGAAUUUUUUGAAGGUAAAAGUCUAGCUUUGACUUGAAUUUCAAAAAGUUGUAGUUACAUACUGUAAUAAAAAGUUGUAGUUACAUACUGAAAUAAAAUUAGUCCCUAUUAAUCUCUUCACAGUUUUAAUUU